AAGGUCAGUUGGAACCUGAUGUCUGGCAGUUACAGGGAGCUGUGGCUAGGCAGGGUACUCAGGAACUGCCCUGGAGCCCUUAACCCCAAAGCAGCCAGUAUCACGUGUCCAGGUCUGUGUACCAGAGACACAGGACAUCUUUGCGACUAACAGGGUGAUCCAAAAUGGAGAAAAACAGGCCCCUACAGUUGGUGACCCCUGCGUCGGUCAAAGCCAUCAUCUCAAGGAUUGAGGCUGCCCAGCUAACACGGGCUCAGGAGGAUAUUUCUUCCCAGCUCUCAGACAUCUUGGACAACGUCAACUGUGUCAUCAACAGCUUCCAGGAAGAAUUAGGAUAUGAUUUAAAAGAAAAGGCAAAACCUGACCAGAUGGAGCAAAAGGGCAAGAACAGAUUCAUCUUACUGGAGAAAAUUGCUUCCUUCUCUGAAGAUGCUAAUACUAAAGAGAAGCACUUGUAUGAAAUUCUCCGCUGGCUGGGUGACUGGGGUGACAGUCUGACCUAUGAGCUCAGGAACAGGAAGUGUAAGGAGGAAGAGGAAGCCCUGGAUGAAUGGAUUGAGGUGAUGGAGAAGGUAUUACCUCUCUCUCUCAUUGCCACCAAAGGAGGCAUCGAAUCUCUUACUUCCCUUUGUUCCACUCUCAUUGAAGGACAAAAGCAAAGGACACAAAUAUCCAAACACACCUUCUGGCAGGGCUGGUGGGAACAGAGACCCCCAAAAUCUGCACCCUACCCUCAGCCACUGAGCCCAGAACAGAUGCUCCAGGACAGUCAUGCUACCUGCACGAAGGUCUCUGAGGUGAAGUCCAUGCUGCAGGAGCUCCUGGACUCCACCAUGUUCAACCAGGGGGAGGUCAGAGCCAUCAGGUACAUGUCUGCCAUGGUAGAGAACCUCAACAAGGCCUUGACCCUCCAGCACAAAGAGAACAGAAGCCUGGAGACCAAAUACAGGAACCUGAAAAUAGAGAUGACCAAAGAACUUAGCACCCAGAGGCUAUACUUCCAGAAUUCCCUCCAAGUUCUCCAGAGCAAGAGGGAUGCCCUGCUAAAGCAAGUGGAAAUUCUAGGGGGGAAAUACCAUGACCUUCUCCUGAUAAAGCAUGCCUUAGAGUUCCAGCUAGAGAAGGCUCAGUCUGCUAGAGAUCAAGCAGAAGAACCGACCAAGAUCUUGGUUGACUCCCUGGGGCCCCCUGAGAAAGAGACCCUCCCAGAGAAAGAAACAGUCAUGAAGGAAACUCAGCAGGAACCCAAGAAGGAGCAGUGGUUUUCACCACUCUCCCCAGGUCCCAUGGCCACAGCCUGGGACGGCGGUGCCAGGCCUUCAACAUCUCAGCCACUCUCCACCAUGACCAUGUAUUCGAGGAUUGCGGAUGUGUACAGCACCAAGGACACCGAACAUCUUCAGCCCAUGAUGCUGUCCUCGGUGGAUCACAGGUCUCCUAAGAUAUGGGAAAGACUGGUGGCAGAAAGCCCAGGCCACUUCUUUCACCAAGUGAAAGACCAAAAGGAUGUCCAGGAAGCAUCCCAGGAGAAGGAAGGACUCCAAAUUAAGCCCCACUUGAGGAUGCAGCUGUCCCCAGAGAGCUCCAGGAAGGUGGCCUUGGAGAGCAAGGCGGAGCACUGGGAAGAAGAGCUCCGCUGGGAGAGGCAGAGGCAGCAGUGGCUGGAGGAGGAGGAGAUGUGGCUGCAGCGUCAGAAGAAGUGGGCCCUGCUGGAGCAGGAACACCGGGAGAAGCUGCAACAGUGGAAGGUGGAGGAGGCGGCGAGGGAGCAGUGGCAGAGGUCGGGCCAGCAAGAAAAGGAGCAAGGGGGCCCAUGGAGGGAGCCAGAGCCUCCAGGGGAGGGCACAGACAGGGUGCUCUUCAUGACCACCAGGCAGUGGAGGGACUUGGAGAAGGCAUCGCUGGCACCUCCCUCAAGCCGGGCCCAGUCUGCUCACCAAGGCAGGAAGCACUUUCCCAGGUCCCCUAAUACCCAGCAGCCUGCCCCCAGAAACCAGAGGAACACGAGUUCAGCCAAGUCUACCCAGAAACCGUGGACCUGCCAGGUUCCCACGAAGCCCAAGAAAUCGGCUUCCUUUCCUGUCACGGGGACAUCCAUCCAAAAGGUGUCCCGGCCUCCUUUGCGUAUCUCCUCAGUAACUCUCAAGGGGAAGGUAUACCACAUGGAUGUGGAGGCACAGAGGAAGAAUCUGCAGCUCCUGGGCGAGGAGGCUGACCUGGGGCUGCCCCACUACCUACGCACCAAGGCGCUGGAUCUCACCACCACCACCAUGGAGCUGAACGUGCUUCGGCUGCAGUGUCUGUGCCAUAAGUACAUCCGCUACAGACACUUCCAGAGCCUCCGACAAGAAGUGACCAACCACAUACAAGUUAUGCAAGAAACUGAGACUACCUACAAGACCCAGAACCUCUACAUCUACCUGGAAAACAUUGACCGCCUGCAGAAUCUCUGGCUGCAGGCCUGGACAGACAAGCAGAAGGACCUGGAUGAGAAGCGCCGAGAGUGCCUGAGCAGCAUGGUGACCAUGUUCCCCAAGCUCCAGCUGGAGUGGAACGUUCGUCUGCACAUCCCCGUGGUCACCUCCACAAAGCCGAGGAAAAACAAGCCACCCACAUCCUCUCUCCGGCACACGCACUCAUGUGGCCCCUCCUGCAGGCAGCCUCCUGGGCACUUUCCAUGCAAGCACUGGGAAUGUGAGCCCCUGUGCAUGGCUCGACAACAGGAUAACCAGAUAGAAGCCAUCUGGAAGACUGAUGUGGCCUCCUCCAGUCACCCAAUAGAAAAGAAGACUCCCCCCAGCCUGCCCUGGGACCAGCUAGGGGGGUGCCCAGACAUUCCCCGGCUAUUGACCUUGGAUGUGCAUUCCGCCUACCAGAAAAGCUUGAGGUCCCUCAAGGCCCGGCCUGAAGGUUGUUCUCAAGGAGAGCCAGGUAGAGGAAUGGAGAGAUGAAGGAGACCAAGAAUCACGUGAUGAACCUGAGACUCAGGCCUGGGCCUGUCUUUGGCAUUUUCAUUUCUUUACUGCCUUGGAGAAUAGUUCACAGGAACAGCAGCUGAGAGGAAGAGGCAGGACUCAGUAGGCCAACAAGAGGCUAUUCCAGUUAGGAAGGUUCUGUUGAAGACUUAAGGCUCUUUCAAGGAGCGUUUUUAGAUUUUUGUAGCAAUCCCUGCUGCCUCUUAUGGCCCUGGCCCUGCCCCAAUUAAAGAUCUCUGACAGGGAGAGGGUACUGAUGGCUGCCAGUCUAGAUCUAACCAGAAUUAAGGCUGUAAGAUGCUGGUGCUGCCCCGUCCUCCAGACAGGGACUUAGGUGAGACAGGGUGGCAUGGUAGCAUCAAAGAAGGCUGGUCCUUGGCUCUGCUUCUGCUCUGAAGUGGGUCUGAGAGUCCCAGCUGGUACAUAGAUACCUGGUUUUCAGUUCCUGGAGAAUUGCUAAGAGGUGUGUGUGCAUCUGUGUGUGUGUAUGUGUGUGUGGUGUUGAGCUGGAUAAAGCAAACAAAAUUGAUUGAGAGCAACCAAAACAACACUGUGGCAGAACUCAGUAACCAGAGGUCAACUGGGGCCCCGCCCCACUAAGAUUUGGCUAAACUUGCCCAAGUUCCCCUAUAGUAGAUCUCUCGUCCCCGAGCUCCUCCUCUCUCUGCAUCCCAGCUAGUGCCUGGGCUUUGCUUGGCAUCUGUUUGAACCUGAGGCCCCAACCCUUUUGUUCUUCCCCACACAUAAUAUGGGUACAUAAAUAUCGAGAAUACGCACUCCA